AUGCAGACUGCUUCUACAAACAUUUGUGAAAGAAUGGGUCGCUCUCAGGAGCUCAGUGAAUUCAAGCGAGGUACCGUGAUAGGUUGCCACCUGUGCAAUAAGUCCAUCCUUGAAAUUUCCUUGCUGCUAAAUAUUCCACGGUCAACUGUUAGUGGUAUUAUAACAAAGUGGAAACAACUGAGAACAACAGCAAUUCAGCCACAAAUGCAGGGUCAGCACAUGCAGGAUUGCACAGUGCACAGAAGUCACCAACUGUCUGCAGAGUUAAUAACUAAAGACCUCCAAACUUUGUGUAGCCUUCAGAUUAGCACAACAACAGUGUGUGGAGAGCUUCAUGGAAUGGGUUUCCAUGGC